AUGUCGACGAAUCGAGGACAAGAUUGGCGCCAGCUGCAUCCCGCACAACUCACGGCCAAAGAUUGGGGAGGUCGAAUCAAGCAGAGUGCCGCGCAGUCGCACUGGCGCAUGGCCGUCGAAUCCCUCCAGCUAAUGAGGACAAAGGCGUUGCGCCCAAACCAGAUCACCCGCAACAUUGUGGCGGCAUCGCUUCGGAAGAGCUGGACGCGUUCAUUCAGGAUUCUGCGGUUCCCGGCCGAUGUCGUUGGGCUCAACAUUGCAGUGAAGUCUUGUGCAGAACGCGUGUGGGAGUGCGGCUUUAGUCUUCUCUCCUUUGCACUUCAGCAGCUGCUGAGACCCAACAUCGUUUCAUACAACAGCCUGCUCGGGAUUGGUGCGACAGGCUGGCCACGCUCGUUGUCACUCUUGGUGUCGUGUGGUACAAGUGCAGACGUCACAAGCUACACGUCGAUGAUGUCCAUGAUCAGCCCAUAUCGAUGGGACGAAGGCAUGUCACUCAUGAAUCGACUGAACAGCCAUGGCUUGCAGUGCGAUGAGGUCUUGGCCUCGUCGCUGAUGCGCUUGACGUCUUGGCGCAGGGGGACACAUCUUCUUUCAUCAUUCAGUUCGCUUCUGCUUCGAGCCGACGUGGUAGCGGUUGGUGCUUGUUCCAACAGCUGUGCUCAAAGCGGCCAAUGGAAUCAGGCAAUGAACUUCGCAAGCCAGCUGUCUCAGAUGGAUCUGAAAUGCAGCCUGGCAAUGAUCAACUCCCUGCUGGGUGCCCGAAAUGUGCGUUGGGAAGUUGCUGCUGACCUCUUCCGGUGCUUCCAGCCAGACUUGAUCACUGUGAAUGGAGCAGCCGCUGCUUGUGACAAGGCGCAUGAGUGGCAGCGAGCUGUGAUGCUGGUUCAACAAGCCCGUCAAUUUCAGCUGCAGUCGGAUUCAAUUUUACACAGCAUAGCCACAGAUGCAUGCCAGCGAACCCUGAAGUGGGAGGCAGCCCUGGCAGGCUUCCAAGCAUGCCAAGGCGUUCAGCCAUGCAUUGUCCUUUUCAACACAGCCAUUGCUGCCGGGACAUGGCAACUGGCAACACAUUUCUUCGCUGGGCUCCCGCAAUGCCAGAUGAGCCCAAGCAUUGUGACUUGUUCUGCCACACUGGAACGCCUGGCCGCCGGAGGUCAAUGGGAGGCAGCCUGGAAGCUCCUGAGCACUUCAGGUAUGGAUCAGCCCUCACCCUCCCAGGUUUGGUGUUCAGCCUUUCAGGGCUCUGGCGCUCCCUGGGAGGCCGUGCUUCGGAUCUAUAAGACGAUGCAAACGCUGGCCGGCCAACCAGAUGCAACGAUGCUGGCAGCAGUGGCCGACACUUGUGAAGAAAGUCAACGAGGCAGGCCUACGAAUCUGGUGGCUUUGUGUGGCAAUGUCGCACAAGAAGCGCUGUCGACGCUCCAGCAAGACCUGCGGCCCGGAGGAGCGAAGCUGCUGAGCACUGUCCACAAGAUGGGCUCCAGGAGCAGCUACAACUCUUCGAGAUCAGAGGGAUGA